ACUCUUGCCAUUUUACAGCGCUCUUUGUGCUGCUCACAACAAAUGCGCUCGAAAUCGUCGCCAAAUCAAAACGCGUUUGAUCGUGCUUCCAUUUUUCCUCGGUUUCUUUUUUCACUUGGCGUCGUUUUCUAUUUUGAAACCUCGCAGAUAAGUCCUUGAAUUCUCUUUCUAACCGAGGGUAGUCUGUGUAGGCACAUCUGUGGAAGGAAUUGGCGUUGUAGAUUUUUUUGUGGAGAUCACUCAGAUCAGGCGUAAGGAGAAACUUGCCAAAAUGAGUCGCUUUGGUUCGUCUGGAUUCGGUGGCGGGGGUGGAGGCGGAGGAGGUUUCUUCAGCAGCGGACGCUUCAAUGAGUACCAGGGUCCUUCCAGUGACAAUUUCGGGGGGAGCGGUGGGUUCUUCCCCGGGGGGAGUGGCUUGGGAGGCGGGGGCGGGGCCGAUCCGAACACCAGCGCCGUGGACAGCGGGGCCAAGGGCAGCGGCCGCAGUCCGGAGGUGGUCCCGGUGACCAUCAGCGAGAUCAACAAGUGCUCCGACCUCAAGCAGGACCGCAUCAAGAUCGGCAACGUCGAAGUCAACCGCAUCACGUUGGUGGCGCAGGUGCGCGAGUGCAAGCCGCUGACGUCGUACGUGUCCUUCCUGCUGGACGACAAGACGGGCAGCACCAUCGAGGCCAAGUUGUGGGGCGACUCGCAGGAGGAGUUAGCGCGUUGUGCAGUGUCGGUGGGGCAGUACGUCCGGCUGUACGGCAGCAUCAAGUCCCUGGGCGACAACGUGAGCAUCUCGGCCUUCAGCAUCCAGCCGGUGCGCGACAUUAACGAGGUCUUCUUCCACAUGCUGGACGUGGUCCACUCCCACGCCGUCCUCGACAAGAUCGCCAAGGGCGAGAUGGUGGUCAACGGCGCCACGGGCGGCACCGCGCUCAUGUCGCAGCCACAGCAGGGCUUCGUCACCAGCGUGCCGGGGAUGCUGGAUCUGCAGGGCGACAUGGGCGGGGCUGGCGGACAGGCCACGCCCCAGGGACUGCCGGCCGACCAGCAAGCGGUCUACGCCUAUCUGCGCGGCUGCGGCGGCGAGGGCGACAUUCGCGAGAUGUAUAAGGUGCUGCGCCAGUUCAAGCAGAAGGAUCUCGAGCGCGCGGUGGAGGCGUUGAGCGGCGAGGGCCACAUCUUCAGCACCGUGGACGACUUCACCUACCGUCUGGUGGACAGCGAAUAGCCAGUCAGCCGUUGCACUGACGGAUUGCAGUCGCUAAAUGAGGUGUCCAGCGGAUGCUCAACAGGUUUAUUGCUUGUCGCGGGAUGCCAGACCCUACAUUAAUUAAUGAAUCGAAUUUUCACUGUUCCAUUGACAGUAUUUUUCUCUCCUUUUUUGUACCUAAUUAUUAAUUCUUAUCCAUGUUGCCGGCCUGCUGUUGUGCUGUGCUCCAAGUUUCUGACAAUGUUAAUUGCAAUAUGUUGUUUGCGAAUUCUUUGAGCGUGCGUAAAUUUUAUUGCCUUGACGCCCUUGACCGGGAGGGUGCUACGCAUUGCUCAGUUGCUGCUCUGUUAAUUAAUUUCUCAAUUUGCCUUUAAAAAAUCUUCGUUUAAAAAAAAGUCUUGAUUCG